AUGCACCUAUAACUGUGCCUUGGUUCUCAUGGAAUUUAAACUUAGUACCAUAUUAGAGUAAAUAUUUGGGAUGAGUGGAAUGUUGCAACUAAACGUUCUUAUUUCAUUAGUUUGACCAUUAAAGAUAAUUUAGCACCAUAUCUUUUGCAUGCAGUUCCAAGUGUCAUUCCCACAAUUUAUAUCACACGAUCAUUUUAAUUCAGCUUUCCAUAUUCAUAUGUCACAGAUAGAGAGAGUGAUACAAUUUCAUUCACUUGCACAACUUCAUCAAGCAUUGGUUUUAGCACUAACUGGAUUACAACUACUAUAGACCCUUAAGGAGACUUGAUGAUCAGUGGUUAAUCACCAAGAGAAAAUAAAUAUGCUGGAACAUACACCUUUAGUUGUUAGCUGAAGGAUGAUUUUGAUGGCACUCCAAAUAUCUACACAUUUACACUUGAGGUAAAACCUAAACCUCAGAUUAAGAUUGAUAGGGUUUAAGAUGAUAUCAAAUUUUUGGUCCCCAAAAAUAUCACUUUGGAUUUCAAUGGAUUUUUUUCAGAUUAACUUGGAGAACCCUUUACAAUAAAAAUUUUAAUCAAUGGAACUUUGUAUAAUCCUGCUAAUAUUCCAUGGCUAUAAUGGGAUUCAGCAAACCUAUUGAUGGAUAUCAUGGGAUCAAACAAUUCACAUGGAGGCAAUCAUUCAAUUUAAAUUUAAUUUGACGACUCAAUUUCAGUACCUUCAUUUCUUAAUUUCAAAGUAGAAAUAAUACAAAACUGGCCAUUAAGAAUUAUUAAUCCUCUCAAAGUAAUAAGUGCCUAGGCUAAUUCACCAUUUUAAAAGUCAAUUAACAUUUCAAAUGUAUUAUAUGAUCCCGAAGGUAUUGAUUUCAACUAUUAUAUCUAAGAGGAAGAUUCAAAAAAGCAAUUGCCUUACUUUAUUUAUAAAAAUUUUCCAAAUGGCACUUUUGGAGGUUAUGCUAAUGAUGUCAAUAUUGGAUCUUAUAAUUUGGAAUAUGUAGGUAUAGAUAAUGCUGAUUAAAAAACUUUUGUCAAAUUCACAUUUAUUGUUAGGCACUAUAAUGCUUGCGAGGAGUGCAAAUAAGGAUUUUACUUCUAUUUUAAUGAAUGCUUAGACUCCUGCUUUCCAGGAACCUAUGCUGACGAUGUUGCCAAAAUUUGCAGAAAGUGUCCUUAAGAAUGUGUGUAUUGCUCUGGCCCCGAUAGAAAAUCAUAAUGCUCAAGAUGUCACUUUGGAUACUUUUUUUACAAUAAUGGAUGCUGGAAAACAUGCCCUGAUGGACUUUAUGGAGAUAAAUAUGAGGAAUGCCAUAGAUUUUGUACCACAUGCUAUGGACCAAGCUACUCUAACUGCUUUAGCUGUCAAAAAGAGUAUUCAAAAAAUGAGAAAAAUUAAGUAGCAAUGAUGGGCUAUCUUCUAGUUGGAACUGAGUGCAAAGUGCCUAAAUGUAAAGAUAAACAGUAUUUUGAGUGGUUUCCCUAUCUUAUUAAAGGUCAUCAUAGUGGAUAAUGCUAAGACUGCCAUCUAACUUGCAAAAAAUGCUUAGGUCCAAAUGCCAAUGAUUGUCUAUAGUGUAUAUUAGGAUAUGAAUUCGAUGAUUAACUCUUUAUUUGUAUAAAAUGCGAAGAUUUCUAUGGUAUCGCAACUAAUCUUGAAGGGGAAUGUGAGGAUAUUUGUGGAGAUGGAAUAGUUGUAGAAAAAUAAUGUGAUGACGGUAAUCUAAUAUCUGGUGAUGGGUGUAAUGAUUAAUGUGAAUUGGAGUUUGGCUAUGAAUGCUUAUUUCCAAACUAAACUUGCAGAGAAAAUAUCAGGCCUGAAAUCUAAAUUAUCUCUGUUAGUUCAGUAAAUCAAAUCUUCAUAGAAUUUACAGAGGAGAUAUAUAUUGAAAAUUCAACCACAAUAAGCCCUUUUAACAUGGAAGUAUUAAUAACUGGAAGUUUGCUUUAGUAUAACUUUUAAUGGAGAAUUGUAUCGGAUUAGAACAAAAUUAUCCCAAAUAAGCCUAUAAAAAGAUUCUCAAUUAUUCUUUUUGACAUUAAACAAACUCUGUUUGGAACUGAAACUAUUAGCAUAAGAUUUAUUAAUGAGACUUAAAUCUUUGAUCCAGCUGGAAAUACUCUGCAGAAUAGCUAAAUUAUUACAAAUCCACAGUUGUUUAUAUAUCUUACUCCGAUGGAAAAGAAAGUAUCAGAUGAGGGAGGUGCCUCAGUAAAAGUUUCCUUUCUUUCUGUUUGCAGUUUCAAUAUUGCUUUCAAGAUUUUAAUGAAUUCAUCAAUGCAAUUUUUAUGGGGACUUGUUCAUGCCUUACAAGUAUUCAACUUCUUACUUUACAUCAAUAUUGAUUUUCCUGAAAAUGUGUCAGUAUUUUCAGAUUAUCUUUCAGUGGCAUCAGGCGAUAUCGAAGAAUUUGAUACCAUAAUUCCAAAUUUUUCAAACUUAUUGAUUGAUGAAAAUUAGCUCAAUGAACCUUAUGAUUAAUAUAUAUUGGAUGAAAAAUUCAAGAAUAAUGACAUUUCACCUUACUUUGUAAUUGCUUUUGGAUAAAAAUUAACUCUAUGGUGCAUUGGAAUAUUGCUCAUAUUACCAAUUACAUUAAUACUUAAUAAAAUUUGCAAAAAGGUUUAAUUCUGGGAGGAAAUUAUCUCAGGAUUUUUCUUUAACGCUCCUCUCAGAACAUUUGUAGAGAUGUACAUUGAACUAAUUUUAUAAGUACUAAUAAAUACCAAAUUCAUUAAGUUCAGAAAUUUUAGCUAAGUAAUCUCAACUUUAUUUGCUUUUAUUUUUGGAGCCAUUUCUUUGCUUUUGCCAUUCCUAGCAAUGACUGUGAUCUAUCAAAAUCGAAAAAAAAUUAAACAAAAUUCUUGGAAUAGCAGAUUUGGAAUGCUUACUGAGGAAGUUAGAAGUAACAAUAUAAUAUAACUGUACUAUUACCCGAUAAUGAUGUACUAAAGACUACUUAUUUCAGGAGUUAUUGUUUAUUUCUCUAGCGAUCCUGUCCUUCAAUGCUCGCUAAUUAUUUUCAUAAAUAUGAUAAUGAUUGCAUAUCUAAUAAUUUUCAGACCAUUUAAAAGAGAGAGCUAGUAAGCAACUAGUGUUAUUGAUGAAUUUAUUAUCAUGAUAUGUGUAUUGAUUUUUAUCUACAUUUACCAAGCACAUACUGGACCUGAAGAAGCUAAGGGAGCAGGCUGGUUUAUUAUCCUAUUAAUUAUGCUUAGUGUCAUAAAAAAUCUCUGCAUAGUUAUAUUCUAUGGUAUCAUAGUUGCGAGGAAUAAAUAUUUGAAUAUAUUUAGAAAAGAUGAUGAGUAAUAGGACUCACCCAUAUCAAGUGUUGCCACUAAUGAAAGUGCAGAGUAAUUGUAACUUGAUAGCAAUGAAAUUUAUGAAGAGAUAUUAAGAGACUAAUCUAGUGCUUACAGUUUUACUUUAAGUAAAUAUAAUUCAACAAAGCCUGAAUCAAUUAAAACUAGAGAGCAGAAAAAAUCUAAAAACUCCAUAUUCUUAAAUCUUGAAGAAAUCAAUAAGAUGGUUUAAAAAUAAAAUCCUAAAAGAUAGGUAAUAUCUAAUUAAAAUAAAUUAACUAGCCUAGAUAAAUAAGAAAAAUAAAAUGAUAUUUGA